ACCAUCUCUUCUGCAUCGACAAUGGCUCUGGCAGCACCGCAACCGACGCCGCAGCGUCCUCUGCCAGGUGCCUUUUUCAACACCCCGGCGCCCGGUAGACCUGGCAGUUCAGGCCAGAUGCAGCAACCAUCCUUCCGCUCCAAUGCCGCCGCGACUCUGGCUGGGUACCGCGCCGGCCAGCCUGCUUCACGCGAUGCGCCUGGCUCGAGGCCUGUCACCGCUACCCAAGACACCCUUGCGCCCAUCGAACGCGCAGCCCGCACGGUCAACGAAGCCCUCCAGAGCGAGGCCCAGUACCCAGCCCUCGACAACUACGUCGGCCAGGGCAUCUCGAAUGACUACGACACCACCUUCAACAAUGCCUGGCAGCCCUUCCAGCGGACCCGCAGCUAUGACAUACCCGAGCAAAUCUUCGAGCAAGCAAACAUGGCCCAAGUCUCGACGCAUCUGGGUCUGUUCGCCGAGCUCAACCACGCCUUCAUCGUCAUUGACUCGUCGCUAUACCUCUGGGACUACACACAUCCAAACCCCGAGCUCAUUGGCUUCGAGGACCAGACCAACGCCAUCACAGCCGUCAAGCUCGUCAAGCCGCGCAAGGGCGUCUUCAUCGAGUCCAUCACGCACUUGCUGGUUGUCGCAACCCAUGCCGAAGUUCUGCUCAUUGGUCUGGCAGCCGCGAGGUCUGCCCACGGUGGAUGGGCCGUUCAACUGUAUUCGACCAACAUGAAGGUCCCCGUCAAGGGCACCUCGAUCAGCUACAUCGAGUCGUCGGACAAGACCGGACGUAUUUUCUUUGGUGGGAACCAGGCUACCGAUGUGUGGGAACUCACCUACCAGCAAGAGGAACGUUGGUUCGCCAGCCGAUGCUCCAAGAUCAACCACACAAACUCGGGCAUCACAUCCGCCUUCCAGCUGCUGCCUUUUGGAGCCCGUUCAGAGCAAGAGCACGUCAAGCAGAUGGUUGUUGAUGACUCGCGCGAUUUACUCUACACCCUUUCUUCAGCUUCGACCAUUCGUGUCUACCACAUGAAGCCAAACAACGUCCUCGACCUCGCCUUGUCACGCCCCUUCACCAGCCUGCUGGCCCAGAUUGCCCACAUGGUCCCCAGCUCCGACCUCCUCGCGCGCAACACUGCCCUCGUCUCCAUCAGUCCCAUCUCGGCUCAAGAGACCAACAGACUCAGUCUGCAGGCUCUGACCAGCACCGGCUGCCGCAUUUUCCUCAGCGCCACCUCGGGCGCCUUCUACGGCAGUUCCUCGUCCUCCGCUCCUACCAGCAUGCAAGUCCAUCACAUCAAAUUCCCUCCAAAGGAUGGCGAAACCGCUGCCCCUCAACCUCAACAACCACAGUCGGCUCCCGCCUCGCUCGGACCUUACUCUUCCAACACUUCGACCUUGGAUACUAACACUCGCUUCCUUGCUAACACAAAGGCUGGCGUUAGAUAUGCCCCUGGUUACUCAUGCUGGGUCGUACCAAACCCGCAAGAUCCUCACAGAGACUCCAUCUUCUUCACCGCCCCCGACUCUGGCCGCAUCAAAAUGCCUCGCGAUGCCAGUCAUGCCACUCUGUUCCCCGAGAUUGGCAUGUUCCUCGAACUCCCUUACCCUUCCCAAGGCAUUGGUCUCGUUAGCCCUCCUUUCGCCGCGGCCUCCACACCUCUAGGCUUCGCCAACGAACUCGCUGUUCAGUUCGACCAAUCUCCGACCGAGAUCGCCGUCCUCACCAGCACUGGUGUACAGAUCAUGCGUCGUCGCAGACUGGUCGACAUUUUUGCUUCUCUUGCUCGCUACGGUGGUGACGCAGAAGGUCGCGACGGCCAGGUGAAGAAAUUCAUUCGGAACUAUGGUCGCACCGAGACUGCUGCUACCGCUCUUGCUGUCGCCUGUGGUGAGGCUUCUGACGGUAAUGCCGAUUCUCGCAUUACCAACAUCACAGAACCAGACAUUGUUGAUUUUGCAAGAGAAGCCUUCAUCACCCAAGGAGGCAAGCCCAUGCUCAACGAGAACUCUGUGUUGGAUAACAACACUCCUGCUAUCGACAACGUCCGCCCCUCUCCCAGACACGACGGAAUGGCACUGUACAUUACUAGAUUGGUGCGAUCGAUAUGGAGAGCCCCCGUCCUGACACAAAUGGUCACUCCUGUCGGUGGACUCGUUGUUACAUCGACCGUAGCGCUCACCAAGCUGCAAAAUAUUCAACGUGCUCUGAACUCUUUGCAAGAGUUCUUGAACAAGAACAAGAGCUCUAUCGAGGGCUUGUCUGGACCCGAGUCUUUGGGACGUGUUGCCAACAAACAAGACGAACUUUNNUCUUUGCAAGGCGAACAUCGUGCGAUGAACGCCUUGAUUCAGCUCAUCUCGAGCAUUAUUGAGGGCAUUGCCUUUGUGCUCGUUCUCUUUGACGAGAAGGUCGAUGAGAUCAUUCUAUCUCUCCAUGAGGGCUCUCGCGAUCGUGCAAGGCAACUCACCUAUGAAGGUCUUUUCUGCUCACCCGAUGGCAGAAAUCUAGCAAAGGAGCUUGUCAAGGCCAUUGUGAACCGUAACAUCGCCAAUGGGUCGAACGUCGACACAGUAGCAGAAGCCUUAAGAAGACGCUGUGGCAGUUUCUGCAGCGCCGAUGAUGUUGUCAUCUUCAAGGCUCAAGAGCAGGUCAAGAGAGCAUCCGAGGCCGGUCCCACAUCUGAGGCAAGUCGUAGACUGUUGAAUGAGAGUUUGCGACUUUUCCAAAAAGUGGCUGGCUCGCUCUCAAUGGAGCAUCUCGAGUGGGCUGUCUCACAAUAUAUCCCUAUGUCCUUUUAUGCUGGCGCUAUCCAGCUUGCUUUGACCGUCGCGCAAGAGUCUGAUCGUGCAAACCGCGCUCUCUCUUGGCUAAGGGACGACUGCCCCGAAGACGCCUUCGAAGGCAGAAAGCAGUGUUACGAUUUGAUUCACCAGGUCAUCGUUUCUCUCGAGCAGACAUCUGCUGCAAACCCUGAUGGUACCUUCUCUGUUACCGCCAAGAGACAGUCCGAAGCCUACGAAAUCAUCAACAAUUCCGAAGAUGAAGUCUUCCAGAACAACCUCUAUGACUGGUAUAUGGGUCAAGGGUGGAACGAUAGGCUUCUGGACAUCAGUUCGCCAUAUGUCAUCAGCUAUCUCCGCAGACGCAUGGACAAGAACCCCGAUCACGCAGACCUGCUCUGGCGCUACUAUGCACACCACAACAAUUUCCUCGAAGCUGCUUCAGUACAAUUACUGCUUGCUAAGAGCGGCUUCGACCUCAACCUCGAGCAACGCAUUGGUUACCUCAGCCGUGCAAGGACCAAUGCCUCUAUACGCACCGUAUCCUUGCUCGAUGCCGCGCAAGGCAGACAGCAACUGCUUCGUGAGAUCACCGACCUCUUGGAAGUAGGCAACAUCCAGGACGAUAUCCUGCAGCGCAUGAAGUCGGACACCCGCCUGAAAGACCCACGCCGACCUCAAGUGUUGAAGGCACUCGAUGGUCAGAUUCUAGAAGUCGCCGAGUUGUACAACCAGUAUGCCGACCAGGCAGGUUACUACGACCUCUGCAUUCUCAUCUACCACUGUGCCGACCACCGCAACCCCUCAGACAUUCAAUCAACCUGGCAACUACUGAUCGAGCAAGUUCACCAAGAAGCAGAGAGCAACGAACAGAUGAAACCAUUUGAAGCAGUAGCUCUCAAGGUGCGCUCAUUAGGACAACGUCUGCAUACCGCAGAGGCCACGUUCCCUGUCCCCAUUCUGCUGCCAAUGCUCCUUCGCUAUGCCCUCCAGCACCAAAACAACGCGGCCUCACCAAUGUGGGUUAUGGAUACCUUCCUCGAACUCGACAUUCGUCCCUCGGCGUUGGUGCCUGUCGUCGAGCAGAUGUACUACACCAACGAGCAACCCUUCGUUGGCAAAUACCGUCGCAUCCUCGCCGCCGACCUCAUUUACUUGAUCCAGGCUUGGCUACGUGAAAGUGAGCGUCACGGUGACAGCGUCCUGUUCGGUAGCGAGGAGAAUGCCACCGGCAUUGAUGAGCUCCUCGCCGGUCUUGCCGGAAGUCAAGACCUGGAUGCGGACAAGCAACAAGCCGUGGACACUCUUAGAGGCAGAAUCGCUCAAGCCAUGCGUUGA